AUGAGCUCGAGAAUCGAUAAGACAAUCGCCCGGCACCAAGAAAAGAUCGCUGCCGGAGCGUACUAUGAAGCCCACCAGCAACUCCGUGUUAUCGCUGCCAGAUAUCUCAAACAAUCAAACUACGAUGCAGCAGCAGAAAUACUCGCCGGUGGCGCAACGGCACUACUAAAGGCUGGAACCCAGCAAGGGGCGUCCGCGAGUGGUGGAGAUCUUGCUAUCAUGCUUGUGGUUGAUGUGUAUAAUAAAGCCGAGUGGGCGCUUUCAGAAGAUGCUGCUGAGCGGCUAAUCAACAUCCUACGGGAGUUCCCACCAGAAGAGCCUACAAGGAAGAGGUACAUCAAUGAAAUGGUAACAUGGAGCUCUAAGUUCGGAGAAAUCGAAACUGGCGACCCGGAAAUACACCAUGCUAUUGGAGCUAUUUACGCUGAAGAAAACGAAGCAUAUGAUGCGGAACGGCACCUAGCUUUAGGAACCGCUGACUCGGCAGAGGUGCUGGGCAAUUUAGAGUAUAGGUGGUACACGUAUGACGAUGCGCACACGGCAGGAAUAUAUGCUGCUCGUGCAGUAUUCCCAUACUUACUCACCGGAAACCUUCAAAAUGCCAACAAAGCAUCUAUGGUGUUUAGGAACCAGUUGUCAUCUUCACCCGCAAGUCAAGCACUAGGUGUGCAAGACGUGAGUAGUCAAAGCAACGAUAUCCGCGUUUACCCGUCCCUACCGCUUCUCAAUUUCACAAAUAUGUUGUUGUUGGCUAUUCAGCGCGGAAGCCCAGACUUGUUCAAACAGCUGUUAAGACAUUAUGCAACAUACAUUCAAGAAGCGGGAGAUUGGGACCAGGCGCUGGCUCAUAUCGGCGAGAUGUACUUCGGUAUAAAAAUACCCAAACAAUCGAAUCCGUUGAUGGAUAUGAUGGGGAUGUUUUUUGGUGGGGGUUCUAAGUCAAAACCUUUACCAAAACCCGGUAGCACAAAACAGGUUGAAGCUCCAGUAUCGAUGGAUUUGGAUUAG